UCCAACACUUUCCAAAUACUACUACUUAACUAUAGUCUAUAACCACACCACACUGCAAGAAAAUUCUCAAGCUUUGACUGCCGCAUUGCACACCAAAUUUAUUUUAUUUAUUAAAACUAUUUGGUAAACGCUGCCAUUUUUUUUCUCCUUCAUCACCUUCUCCGAUUACCACGCAGAAAUUUAGAGCAGUGAUUGACUUUUAAUCUCUAUGUUUUGCUGAUAAUUAUUGUAAUUAUGAGUAGGCACUCAGUUGCUGGUGGUGCUUCUAAACGCCCCUCUUUUUUCCAGAGGAUCAAGAGUUUUUGCUUUAGUUCAUCAUCACCAGACACAGGCAAAGGGAGGAGUAAAUCUUCAAGUAAAAAGAUUUCUCAUGGAUUCCAACUUGUGGAAGGAAAAUCAGGACAUGAUAUGGAGGAUUAUCACUUUGCUGAGUAUCGUAAAAUUAAGAAUCAUGAACUUGGUUUGUUUGCUAUCUUUGAUGGUCAUCUUGGGGAUCGUGUUCCUAGUUAUUUGAAAGAUAAUCUUUUCCAAAAUAUUCUUCAAGAGCCCCACUUCUGGGAGGAUCCUAAGAUUGCAAUUAAGAAUGCCUACAAGAGCACUGAUAGGUUCAUAUUAGAGAAUUCUAUGCAAAUGGGACCUGGUGGCUCGACGGCUGUUACGGCUAUAGUUAUUGAUGGUAAGGACUUGUGGGUCGCCAAUAUCGGUGAUUCUAGAGCUGUUGUUUGUGAGAGAGGCUCUGCUAAUCAGCUUACUGUCGAUCAUGAGCCGCAUACUGAGCGUAGGAGGAUUGAGAAGCAGGGCGGCUUUGUCACUACUCUUCCUGGAGAUGUUCCUAGGGUCAAUGGUCAACUUGCAGUGGCUCGAGCUUUUGGAGAUCAAAGUCUUAAAGCACAUUUAAGUUCAGACCCUGAUGUAAGACAUGUCCCUAUAGACGCCACUAUCGAGUUCGUGAUAUUAGCAAGUGAUGGUUUAUGGAAGGUGAUGGACAAUCAAGAGGCAGUUGAUUUGGUGAAACACAUUAAGGAUCCGCAAGCUGCUGCAAAGCGUUUAACAACGGAGGCAUUGACAAGAAAGAGCAAGGAUGAUAUAUCAUGCAUUGUCAUUCGUUUUGGAUGAUUCUAGUUGCAAUUAUCAAAGCCACUGAGCGUGUCUUAUACGUCGAUCCUUCAAAUUAUGAUCCGGUUGAGUCUGUUCAAAGCUGGAAUCAGGCAACAUCUGCGUUUGUUUAUGUGGUUGUAUUUUUUUUUUUUUUCAUUAGAAAGUAAAAUGUUAGAGCAAAGUGAAAGUGGAAGUGGUGAAUCAUUUUUUAAAUGACCAAAGGAAGAGAUACCCUCAUUAAUUCAAAUAUGGACUGCAAUUGACGAGGCUAGUUCUUUCACUGGACAUAUAAUAGGAGUUGAAAAAAAAAGUUGUUUAGAUUUUUAAUUCCGUGUAUAGAUUGUGAACAUAAAUAAGCUAAUGUGGUACUUGUGUGAUAUAUGCAGUGGGGAUUGUGGUUAUAGUUUUCAUUUUCA